AUGCUCAAAUGCAUCCCCGUCCUCAAAGACUUCCAUGCCACAGAAGAUGGAGAGACGCGAGAACUUAUCGUGACAACAGCCGUUAUUCUGAGGCAUUUUGAGGAGCUCGAUGACGAAGACGAAGAUCCUGCUCUCGUUACUCGCCCAGAUGAAGGUGUAAACUUCCUCGCGAUUCUCAACGCUGUCUUACGAAGUCUUACGUCGGAUGAUCUUAUUAACCGCCGAGAACUUCUUAUCGCUUCUUACUGGGUUGCUUUACGACAAGAGGUCUACUAUGCCCUCCGAAAAGGAUAUCCAGCGCAGAUGGUUGAACCACCUGCUGAGUGGUCGGAUAUAUCGCCAGCGAACAGGAUUGUCUUCCAUACAAGUCAAGUUACCAAAUGGUUAUUUGACGACAAGUCGGAGAGUGGAUGGCAUAAACUAAAGGAACAGGAGGAAUAUCUUGAUCAAUAUGUAACCGGUCGCUUUGAACCCAUUCUUCAUCGACCACCAGAUAGGGUUUUGGGUGAGGUAUUCCCAACAAUGUGGUAUGCAUCGCCAAUUGCCCUGACUGGCAUGCAGCACAUGAUGAUAGCGAAAAUGAUACUCACCGCAGAGUCACCUCUUCUCUCACAAGCCGAAGAUGUCCGAGCCGCAUACCGCAAAGCCGAAGGCGAAGUGCGAAACCUAGUCCUCCAAGUCUGCGGUACAGCCGUCCAACAUCCCGAUACUCAGCCAGGUCUGGUAAAUGCCAUCUUGGCUAUACAGAUGUAUGGGAGUUACUUCACUGAUCCAUGGGAACAAGAGGCGCUUAAGAAAACAGUUCAGAUGUUUAAGGAUUGUCAGGCUUGGCCGUUGCCUAAAGCGUUGAGGGAGAGAUAUUAUAAGUCAUAG